AUGAAAGGCUUGUGGUGUUCACUACUAGUAUUGCACUUGGUCUUUCAAACUUGCUGCUGCGCCUCGGAUCAGGGAGGAGCAUGUAGGCCUUCCUCUUGCGGCAAAAUCACCAACAUAAAACAUCCUUUCCGGCUCAAGGAUGAUCCCGCACACUGUGGGGAUCAGAGGUACGAGUUGUCUUGCGAGAGUAACAGGACGCUGUUAUAUCUUUUCCCCGGUAAAUGCUACCAUGUGAAGGGAAUAAACUACAAUAACUUCACGAUCCGGCUGGUAGAUCCCGCCAUCUCAGAUUCAGGGGACGACUGCUCCACCCUUCCUCGCUAUUCUUUAUCCAGUUCCAAUUUCAGUGACGAAGGUAUCCAAUAUGAAAUCAUUCGAGAACGAAGAUACGUCGUUGAUGGCAGUCUACAGUAUGAAAGAAUAUUGGAGAACGUGAUUUUCUUGAAGUGCAGCAAUCCGAUGAGGGAAGAUCCACGAUACGUGGACGCUGCUCCUUGCACUAAAGAAGGCGGCAAUAAUGUUUAUGCUGUUCUUGGAGACUUGGCAGUGGGUGAAUUAAGAGAUGACUGCCGCGUGAUGAUGGUUGCUACCUCAUCCUUUCUUAUUCCACCGAGAUUUUUUCCUGAUGAUGCUUCAUUCUUCAUCGACCAAAACUUGUCAUACGCUGAAAUUCACAGGAGGAUCAGUUACGGAUUUGAUCUUUCUUGGAUGCGCGGCGGUGCUUGUCCAUCUAUCUGUGGGAAGCUGCUUUCUUGCCAUUUCAAUGAAACCGCUCAAAAUCACAUCAGUUGCCUGAGGGAUGAUUACUGUGUCACUCCAAUAACGUUUACUGAAUGCAGUAAGAAAAGUACUAUUUAG